GUUUUUUCUUCCUCCUCCUCCUCCUCCUCUUUUCCGGGAAAUAAAGUGAAACUACAGCUGUUUUUUUUUUUAAACUACAAGCACAGACUGUGCUGCUGCAGUUGUCGGCUCGUUUCUGCAGAGUGAGCCAGGAUGUCAGCCGUGAAGAUGUCAGAGGGGAGCGUGCAGGUGGCCAGCUGCGGAGCGCCGCUGUUCUACAGACAAAGUGAACCUGCCACUGGGGAAGCGAGGAUGUCAGUUUUACUCCUGCACGGCAUCCGUUUCUCAUCAGAGAACUGGCUCAACAUCGGCACUCUGGAGACUCUGGCCAAGGCCGGCUGCCGUGCGGUCGCCAUCGACCUGCCAGGACUCGGCCAGUCUAAGUCAGCCGAGGCCCCGGCACCGGUGGGAGAACUGGCCCCUGCGAGUUUCCUGAAGGAGGUGUGUGAGCAGCUGAGCCUGGGCCCCGUGGUGGUGAUCAGCCCGUCCCUCAGUGGGAUGUACUCGCUCCCCUUCCUCCUCCAGCACCAGGCUCUGAUACGAGCCUACGUCCCAGUAGCUCCCAUCUGCACCGACAAAUUCACAGCAGAGCAGUACCAGAGUGUGACGGUCCCAUCGCUCAUCGUCUACGGUGACCAGGACGCUCAGCUCGGAGAGGUGUCGCUCCGCAACCUGAGCAAUCUGGCCAAUCACAGCGUGGUGGUGAUGAAAGGUGCGGGUCAUCCCUGUUACCUGGACGACCCGGACACGUGGCACAAAGCUCUCACAGACUUCCUCAACACGCUGUGAAGCUGCUCGCUGUGCGACGGUGGAGAGAUAAAACAACACAUUCGACUAGAAGAUGAGCCACACACACAAACACACUGUUCACUCAUGGGACAUUUAGAUCACAGACGUCACCCUGUAUGACCGGAUUAUGACUUUUUCACUUGUUAAUGAGGAGACUUUUAAAGGAAAAGUUCAACAUUUUGGUAGAGAUGUUUACUGAGCAAAGGAUCAUCUGGCACAUUAAACAGAGAUUUGUUUUUUUCACAGUCACAAGAGUGAAAAUAAUCUCAAGAAAAGAAUACUGUAUUUCCCAAAAUGCUUCUUUUUCUUUUUCUUCCCUUAAAGCAACACAAUGUAGUUUUAUUUACCUUUAAAAAUCAGCUUCUAAAUCGUUUUGAAGGUACACAAACUCAAAAUAGGGAGAGAGGCGUCUCUGGUAUUAAAUGAAACCCUGUAGUCGUGCAGGAUUACUUGUAAUAUGUUUUACUCUUUACGUCACACAUACCAGAGCCGGAAGAAUUAUUUAGCAGGUCCGAUUUUGCCCUGAAUACAGCCAUGUUCAGUGUAAAAUAUCAGGUAGAUGGUACAGCUAACCUGACCGAACCUGAAUAUCGUUUCAAAAGUUUUGUACGAACCUGACUAAUCCAUUGGGACUCAGGUAUCCGAACUCUAGUAUGGACAUCAUGGCAGAGGGCGGUGAAAACAAAGGACAUAGUCGGGGGGGUAGAAGAGGAGGAAAAUAUAAAAAAACUGGAGAAGAGUGAAUAUUGGACCAGUUUUUAUUUUUAUAAUCUUUUAUAAAAGAGGUUAACGGAUGCAGGACAGAUGUCGUCCUGGCUAAUCUCCUAAAGGGGGAACUAGAGAGCAAUUCAUACAUUAUGUUGCUUUGAUACUGUACCAUUAAAAACUUGAUUUACGGUAUUUUACAACUGAUCGAGUCACAUUUAGUAUUGAUUAUUUAGUAGAUUGUAUAUUUUCAUUUUAACAGAUGCAAUAAAUGAAUCCGCUGUGUCUCUCUGAAAAAAAAAUCAAACACCACACGCGUAAAUGAAGUGAAAAAUAUGAACAUUAUUUAAUAACUGAUUCUCUGUAAUAAACAAUUUGAAAAUA